UUAACAUAUUUAAUUAGUUCUUUUACAAUCAAAUAUUUAUUACUCAAAUUUGAUAUCCAUUUAAACUUAUUCCUGAAACUGGGAUAAACUGCAUGUUAAGUAUCAUGACAACAAUGUAGGUUAUAAUAUAAAAAUUCCAGUAUUUUAAUUGUGAUAUCAAAAUGACAUAUUCUACUAAUCCACAUAUGGUCUCACAACAAACAUUACGCCAGAAUUCAUCACUAAAUACAGUCGACUCUCGAUAACUCGAACCUCAAUAAGUCGAAUUCUUUGAUAACUCGAAUUUUUUCCGUUCCUUUGAGAAAACCUGCCUAAGUCGGAAAAAAACUAUGUGUAACUCAAAUUAAUUUUGCACCCGAAUUUUACCUCAAUAACUCGAAGUGAUAGAAAAAUUACCUCUAUAACUCGAAGUUCAGUAGAUAAGUCAAAGUCUUUAAAUACAUUACCACUACAACUCAAAAUUUUCAGAUCAACCCUCGCUAACUCGAAGCUGUGCUGUGUUUACAGCGAACCUGUGUUAGGUCAUAGACCUAACCGAACAGGUCUGGACAUGUCGCUGAAUUGUCCGACUGUCUACCAAACGUCAGUGCCGUGUGCAGUCAGUUCCCACACAUUUAGGAAAUAGAGUGGCACGUUCUCGUUCCCGGUCUAACCCUGUUUUGCGUUUAGUGAAUGUGAGUGACUACAGUACAGUAUGAGUGACAACGUGAGCACUAGAAAAGUGAAAACUUUGAAUAUAGGGGACAAGUUGAAGAUAAUAAAGUUAGUGGGUGAAGGGAAGAGGAAAAAGAAAGACAUUGCCGCAGACUUCAACAUUCCUUGCAGCACGCUGUCAACGAUCUUGAAAAACAAAGAAGAAAUUCAACAAAGGGCUAUCGAAGGUAACUUAAAAUGUAAAAGGAAAAGAAAUGCUGAAUUUAAAGAUGUAGAAGAGUGCAUGAUUAAAUGGUUUAAACAGUGCAGAGAAAAAAAUAUUACUCUAGGCGGCCCAUUGAUAAGAGAAAAAGCUGAGCACUUUGCUAGAUCUUUGGGCCACAUAGAGUUUAAAGCCAGCAAUGGGUGGCUUGAAAAUUUAAAAAAAAGGCACAACAUUUCUUUUAAGAAAGUUUGUGGAGAAAGUGGACCUGUAGACAAUGACGUAGUAGUUGAUUUGAAGGCUUCAUUACCAGAUCUGAUUAAAGAUUAUAACCCCAAAAACGUAUUCAAUGCUGACGAAACUGCUCUGUUCUUUAAGUGUCUCCCUGAUAAGACUUACGAGUUUAAAGAGGAAAAAUGUCACGGGGGCAAACACAGCAAAGAACGAAUUACUCUUUUGCUUGCGUCAAACAUGACAGGCACGAAUAUGUUAAAACCUCUAGUGAUGGGGAAAUCAAAAAAACCUCAAUGCUUUGCUGGAGUAAAGUCAUUACCUGUUGACUACACAGCAAAUAGGAAAGCAUGGAUAAAUGCGGAGUUGUUUGCAAAUUGGUUAAGUUAGAUAAGCAAAUGGGUAAAGGGAAGCGAAAAAUUAUUUUAUUUAUUGACAACUGCAGUGCUCACAACACUAUUCCUGAGCUCAAAUGGGUAAAGGUCCAGUUAUUACCAGUAAAUACGACAUCAAAAUUACAACCUCUGGAUCAGGGCAUUAUUAAGAAUUUUAAAGUUCUUUACAGAACUGAAGUAGUAAGAAGAUUUGUGGCUGAUAUUGAAGACGGAAAGGAGUGUUCAAUCAACCUGUUACAAGCCAUGCGGUUGAUUGACAAGUGCUGGAAAAGUGUAACAAAACAAACUGUUGUUAAUUGUUUUAAGUCGUGUGGGUUUGCAAUAGAUCGGGACCAAGAUGUUCCAAGUGACAAUGACCAUGAACUAGAACCGAGACUUCCCAACGCUGAAGCUGAGUGGACCAUGAUAAAUAACGAGCUCCCGAAUUUAGACUUUGAUGAUUUUGCAAAUGUCAACUAGGGUGUUUCAGUCUACGGAUCAUUAUCGGACCAAGACAUCAUCGCAACUGUAAUAAGUGAAGAUGUCCUCUCUGAUGAUGACAAUGACGACGGCAUGGAGCAGCCACCAGACAUCACAACCAAGGAAGCCAAGGCCGCAGUGAACACUUUACGUAGCUACUUAGAACAAUCAAGUGACGUACCAGACAACGUGUUCUCUGCUGUUGUUGUUAUUGAGAACAUAAUAGACUUAAAUUCUGAAAAAAAGCCUUAGGCAGAAGAAGAUUACGGAUUAUUUUCAAAUUUGAAUUGUAUGUACGUAUGAAUUGUAGGCAUACAUUGCAGUGUGACAGUAAGUAC